UCUCUUCCAUUGGACUCCCAAUUUAAUACUGCACUCCUCCACCUCACCCCAUAACCAAAACAAAAACAGCAGGCAACUCUCUCUCUCGCUCUCUCUCUCCUCAUUCAAAUCUCUCUCUCUCUCUCUCUCUCUCUCUCUCUCUCUCUCUCUCUCUCUCUCUCUCCUCGCGUUAGGUGCUGAGCUGACCGCUUUCUCUUUGUAUUCAUUCUCUCUCUCUCCUCCCCCACCGCCCCCACCCGAAAACCCUACCAUUUCGCUCUAGGCAUUGCAGAUCUUCUUCACCUUCCUUCUCGCUCUACUUUUUCUUCAAUUCAAAAAACCCAUAGGAAUCUGGAAACUAGAGCUUCACAGUCGACCAUGUCCUGACGUUUCAACUUCCUGUAAACCGUGAAGUGAUUUUGGGGGUCAAUGAGAAAAUGGAUGUUGAGAAACGAUCUUCAAGGGGAGGUUUUCUUCAGUUGUUUGACUGGAAUAUCAAAUCCAGGAAGAGGCUGUUCUCAAACAAGUCUGAAUUACCCGAAGGCACAAAGCAAGGCAUUGAAGAUGUUGCAAAUUCACUGACAUUAUGUCCUCCGUUUCUGGAGGUGCGUGAGAAUGGGCCUGGUCCGAGAAGCAAAAGAACUAUUGAUUACAAUUCUGCUUCCUCAGUGACAAGUGAUGAUGGAUACGGAACUAAAGCACCAGGUGUUGUUGCCAGGCUUAUGGGACUGGAUACUUUGCCUACUUCAACUAUUUCUGAACCCUGCUCUGUCCCCUAUUAUGAAUCUUCUUUUGAUAGAGAUUCUUUUUCCCAAAGGAGUACUCUUAAUUUUCACAUUGAACGUCAUAAUGUAAACAGCCUUCCAAGUGAUGAAAUUUCAAGGGAUCUUGCCGAAUAUAGGCUACAGAAGGCACAAAUUCGGCCAAUUGAGAGGUUUCAAACCGAAACAUUACCCCCCAAAUCAGCUAAAUCCAUUCCAAUCACCCGCCAUAGGCUGUUGUCCCCUAUUAAGAGUCCUGGGUUUAUCCCAAGAAACAAUGUGACUUACGUAAUGGAGGCAGCUGCCAAAAUGAUCGAGCAAGGCCCUCCAUCAACAACCAAGGGCAAGAUGCCAUGUGUCAAGCCCUCCUCAGUUCCUUUGCGAAUUCGCGAUCUGAGAGAGAGAAUGGAGGCUGUACCGAUAACAUAUGGGCCUGAAGCAACUCGGAGGCCCAAAGAUCCCAUUUCUCUCAAGUAUAGUAAUGGACAGGAUAUUGGAAAGCACCGCAGUGGAUCUGAGGAUGCACAACUCUACAAUGCUUCUGUGGCUUCCAGAAAAGAGAGUUCUGACAGUUUGAAGAAUAAGGGGAAAUCAGUUUCACUUCCAGUCCAAGCCAAGGUCAAUGCGCAGAGAAAAGAGGGAUCGACUUCAAGGGGCAAUAGAAACUCAGUCAACCAAAAGGAAGGAGGUGAGCUUAAGCUGGAACGCCAAACAAUUACGCAAAAAAAAGUGCAGAAGAGGCCUCCUAUGAGCAAGACUUCUGAUGUGCUCAAGCAGAAUAACCAGAAGCAGAAUUGUGUAGCCAACAAAGACAUAGUGGCCUUGAAACCCUCAGUAUCGAACCAGAAAGACAGAAAAAUUCCAUCGAGCAAUGGUUCUGUCAGACCAAACAAGGCCUCAAAUAAGGUUAUAAACUCUACAAAUGGAUCCAGGAAGAUGAAUGGCGUGGCAAAGGAUACUGGGAAUGAACUUCUAUCCUCAAAAACAAAGACUUCUCCUCAGAAGAAACAGUCUGUUCAUAGAGAUAAUCAUUUUGAAGAAAGUAUUGCUAAGAACAUAUCAAUAAGUAAAAGUGGAAGGUCUGUAAAAUGCAAUGUUUCAAAUGAUGGUUACUUGAACUGGGAUGCAGUUGACAAGAAAAGUGGCAUGGACGUUGUUUCAUUUACAUUCACAUCUCCCGUCAAGCGAUCAGCACCUGGGUCCCAGGCCUCUGGUCAACUCAUGGAUGGGAAUGCCCGCAUUUUUACUGAUUCUUGCGACGAAAGUGGCCCACAUGACCUGAAAAAUCCAACUUCAUCUUUACUGGGCUUGAACGUAAUUGGUGGUGAUUCUUUGAGUGUCCUCCUCGAGCAAAAGCUCAAGGAAUUAGCAUCCAUAGUUGAUUCAUCGAAUGGUAACCCGGUCAAAGAUGGGAGUGCUUCUUGUUCUGCAUUUAGUUUGCAGGAUUCUCUGUCCACUCUCAAUAUAACUAACACCACAACAGUUGAAUCUUACAAUGAACUUCAUAUGCAUAAAGAUAAAUUGGGCCACCCAGAUGAUGCUAAUUGUGCUUCAGUUGAUGCUCUUCUGCUCAAAGCUAACCAAAAGUUGCAGGAAUUGGAAGCGAUUCAAGGGCAGAGCACUAGCAGCAACACCAGUGAUUAUGGCGAAGAUCUUCACUAUCGAUUUCAUAGUUUACGUUCAAAUCAUGAACCCUCUUGCUCAGACACAAGUUAUGAGUCAUCAGAAAGCAAAACCAGUUCUAUUGCCAAUGGUUCCCAGCAGAGUAUAUCCGCUGAAGCUUAUGGAAUUGGGGAUAGUAUAUCAGCAACAAAGUGCCAACCAGUGGUAAUAGAAACAGAGUUAUCAGAUUCGGCUUCUUCCACAUCAACUGCAUGCAGAAAUGGAAAGAAUUCUUCUACUCCAUUUGGUUUGACAGAUCUCAAGAAAUCUUCAAAGUGGGAAGUAGACUACAUAACAGAAAUACUUAACUAUUCAGAUCUGAGUGUCGAGGAUAUUGUGUUCGGCCGGAUCAACAAGGCAAUAACGCCCAAUCUGUAUGAUCAGCUGGAGAAUCGGCGUACUGGAUGUGAUGAAAAUUCAGAGGAGGACUUCAAUCUAGGACGACAGGUUUUGUUUGAUUAUGUGGGUGAAAAUAUGGAACUAAAGGGCGAGCGGCUGUUGAGUGGAAGCUGGAAAUCAUGGUCUAAAUGGGAAAUGCUGUUUCGAAGGAAGGGGUGUUUGGCAGCGGAUUUGUACCGGGAAAUUUCAAGUUUGACCAGCAUGAGCGAGUUGAUGGUGGAUGAGCUUGUUGACAAAGAUAUGAGCUCAUGGCAUGGGAAAUGGGUAGAUUUUGAAACCGAAGCUUUUGAAGAGGGUGUAGAGAUUGAGGAAAGGAUACUAACUUCUUUGGUUGAUGAAUUGGUUGCUGAUUUGUUGAUCUGAACUCUUUUUUUUUUUUUUUUAAACAAUUUAGAGGCUGUAUCCUUGGGCAGGGCAAUUUUGCUUAUGGAAAUAUUUGAACCCUUGGCUCAGUCGAAUUGGUUACAUAAAGUUACCUUCUAAGAGCCCUUUUGGGUUUCAAUCCAAGUUAGGACAUUUAGGUGGACUGUACAAGUAAACCAUAUACAGACAUGAAAGGGUGGAUACUCAUUCUUUAUGUUCA